CUCCCCCUAUCUCCUCCCCUAAUUGGGUACAUGACUGCCUCGUUAAGUUUAGCGGCAUUUAGCAAAACUGCAGGGAUUGCUCUAGAUCCAUCGAUCAUUGUCGCUUUCGUCAUUCAACUCCCGAUAAGUUUAAGAGGGGGGCAAUUCUAUUCAAAGUCUCCUCCGGUCCGAUCUUAUCUUUGUUAGAACUGCUCCAAAUUGUUUCAGCUAAUAAUAUCUUUUUCGCUUCUCCUAAACCUUUGUUGGCUGGCUGUGAGUAUACUUGUCUCUAUUUUUUUUUGUGUAUUCUUCGUCGCAAUAAUUCUAUUUCGUCUUGUACGAAGUAGGCAUUACCUACAAUAUCGCUAAGGAUUCCUUGCGGACGAUGACUGUUAUCAGCCCGCUCGAAAGCCUUCCUCACGAGAUCUUUCUACAUAUUCUUUCUUUCCUAGAUUCCAGCGAUGUCGUUGUCCUCCAAAGCACUUCGAAACAUUUCUUGGGUUUAUGUCGAGAUGGCAAUUUCUGGCGAGAUCGAAGUUUAUCCGCUUCGGCUGUGAGCGAACGCAUCAGGCUCUCUCGUCUAGGUUCGGAUUGGAUCGAUGAGGAUGGUGUAACAUUGAGCGGCACGCCCGCUGCUGCGACGGGACAAGCAAACCAAGCGGAACAUGAUCAAAGCGAGGCGCAUUGGAACCGCUUAGAAAGUCUAGCUCAGCUAUCAGCCAGGAAGAGGAAGCGGGAACAAAUUCGCAUCGCUGCUAAUUGGGACCCGACAUUUCCGAACGAAAACACGGAUUGGUAUACCGAAUAUAUUCAUCGAUAUGGCCCUAUCGUAACUAGCUGGUUUGAACAGCCUCAUGUUCAGUCCGACUCUUUCGGGACCCGUCUGGAUGCCUGUGGUAUGGCUUUAUAUAAUCCGUCGGGUAGAAACGAGCUCCUUGCAGUAUCACCACUCGAGGACGGCUCUGUUUGCCUGUGGGAUGUGAAGGGUACUCGAACUAAGAAGGGGUCAAUCCUCUCCAAAUCCAGUCCCGGUCUCUUGUGCGCUGACGGACCGGGUGCUGAUCUAUCUAGACGUUCGAAGAUGAUUAAUACGGGGGUGACCGAAUGCGUCAGUAUAGACAGCGUAAAUCAUGUAGCAUUUUUCGCAAUACAGAGCAAUCUUAUCGAAGUCGACCUCAAGACGCUACAGGUUAUUGGAGACCACCCGUUCGAAUGGUCGAUUACCACGCUUUCCGCUGCCGAUCCUAACGUCCCUCUAACUGUCGGUACGAUUCAUGGCUUACACUUUCACGAUGCUAGAGCGAGAUCGGAAUAUCGAAGCGAGCAUAAUAUACAAAUAGACAAUAUUAGUAGAAAAAGUGGCCGGGACUUGUCGCAUGUGUUAGAUCCUAGGCCUUUGGCCCCAUACGCAUCACUUGCUCAGUCGGGACCUCAGAGCAUUCUCCACAUCGGACGCUCAGACAGUAGUCAACUGUCAAAUGACAUAUUCGUAGCCGGACGUUUCUCAAAUAUUUUACAUUACGACAGGCGUAUGUUUCCAGCAAUCAAGGGCUCAGUCCAUUCUGGGGCGCGGCUCUGCAGUCUCACGUCGCUUCCGUUUCCUUUCGCCACGUUAUACAGUGAUCUUCGCCAGCGUUUCCAGUCUUUCGGGGAACCGGUUGAUAAAGAAAGGAACACUAAUGGGAGGACCUUAAUAGCAUGCGGCGAGUAUAGCACUAAGGGAUCACUUGAAUUAUACGGCCUGUCCUCCGGCGCGGACGACUCACCACGGGAGCCUGUCAUCCAGAAGUCUUCCUUGAAGAAUCGGCAGACUGCUUCGCAAUCGAAACUCCUCUCCGUCAUAAAUCACGGUACCAGAAUCGUCUUCUCCGACGGACAAGGGUACCUGAAGUGGGUCGAGAGGGACGGUUUUACAGAGGUGCGUCGACACAAGAUCGGUAAGUCCGAAAGAGUCGCCCAGCGCUCGCUCUUUGGGUCAAUGCCCGGGUCGGACGACAUCGGAAGAAAAAUCCUAUCCACACGGACACCGGGGCAGGAGGGCGAAAUUCGGGCCAACGACGAAGAUAUCCUCUUUUGGACAGGUGAGAGGUUGGGGAUGCUCAGCUUCUCAUCGCAACCUGGAUUUUCCCCGGAGGAUUUCGAAGAAAAUACCAGGACACCAGAAGAUAUCGCGGCAGACGAAGAGCAACAGAUGUACGGCGAGAGAAUGAGGCUAGCGCUGGAACGACAGGCGAGAGACGUCCGGUUCGUGCAGAAUCUCGGGGCUGGCCGCCUCCACAGCGGAACAUAAAACAGUAGCAACAGUAACAAGACUUUGCAUCUGAUUCGUCCCGCUUUGAUGGUACACUCCGGCACGCUCUACCAAGCAAGGAGAUUUAACCACGUCACACAGAUAGACACGCGGGCUAGCAGAUUUUAGAUUGCCGUAAUCUUUGAUUUCUACUCUCUACUUGUCUUCUGCCUUUCGUACGCAGAUGUUGAGUCAUGAUCUCACUUUUACCACUUUUAUCCACGUUGGACAAGAAGGGGAUCGGCAGUCUCGGAGCAGCGAUGAAACAGUAGAAAUCGAGGCGGAUUGCGUUAUCUUAUCACGAGGUUUCAUAGAUCAUUGGCUGGGUUCCGGAGGCGAAAGGCGUUUACACCCCCGCCGUAUAGACUGAUAGGUGGGAGGUAGUGUAGAAAUACAAGGUAGAUCAAGAAGGACGUCAGUGGAUGUGAUAGGGGCGAUGGAUCAUCCGUUGUCGAUUGCAUCCCGUGACUUGGCUUUUGGAGUUUUCUUGUAAUUUUGAAUCCUGAUAAGUCCUGACGAUUCUGAUCACUUGAUACCUCUUCUCACCGUUUUUUUGAUCCCGUUCUGCCUGUUCUCCCUUCUUCCCUCCUCACAUGGGAUCUCUUCCAUAAAUGUCUCUUCUCGAAUGAUCUGAAAAUGGAAACGUGUGUUGUUAGCCUCAACAAAAAAAAAUCAAUGAUUAAAGCAUUAGAGAGAGCU